AUGAGGAAACUGGAGGGGGCACUUGGAGGCCCGUCCUCCGCCCUGUUCCACGGCCCCACUGCCGCUGUGGGUGGUCCAUCGCCGCCCCCCUCCCCCCCCCUCCUGGUUCUGUCCCCGUUGCUGCCCUACGCCGCCCUCGAGCCCUUCGCCACCAAAGAGCGGCGCCGGGCAGAGCGCAAUGAGCAGCUGCGGAGCCGCACUGAGAAGGAGCGAGAGCGGCAGGCACGGCUGGCGGAGGAAAAGCUGCGCAAGGAGGAGGAGGAGGCCAAGAAACGCGCAGAGGACGACGCCAAGAAGAAGAAAGUCCUGUCCAACAUGCCCCAUUUCGGGGGGUACCUGGCCAAGGCGGAGCAGCGCCGUGGGAAGCGGCAGACGGGGCGCGAGAUGAAGCUGCGCAUCCUGGCUGAGCGCAAGAAGCCCCUCCACAUUGAGCACAUGCGGGAGGACGAGCUGCGGGCCAAGGCCAAGGAGCUGCACGACUGGAUCCAGCAGCUGGAGUCGGAGAAGUUCGACCUGAUGGAGAAACUGCGGCGCCAGAAAUACGAGAUCAAUGUUCUGUACAACCGCAUCAGCCAUGCCCAGAAAUUCAAGAAGGUGGUGGGGAAGGGCCGCGUUGGGGGCCGCUGGAAGUGACUGGUCCCCGCUCCCGGUGCCGCUCAGGCCCAAUAAAGCUCCGUCUGUCCGUCCGUC